GCCUGCCAGCUAACCCAACAAAAAACACUUCUCUCUCUUUCUAAGCCCACUUUCUUGAACUCCUCAAAUGUUUCCUUAAAGUUCUGGAAAGUCACAAGUGAUAGGUUUUUAGGGUUCUUGAAUCUGGAGUCUUUUUCACACACCCAAGAUUCAGAUAAACAAGCCAGUCAAAUCAAAUCUUCCCAGUUAGUUAGUUAAGUUCAUUGUACCCCCAGGGCCAAAAUUUCAAAGAAGGGUCAUAAAUGCGCUUAAUUUCAGUCUUUUUCACCUGUAUAAGCAUAUGGUAAUUUCAUGAGUGGUUGAAAAAGGUUCCUGUUUGGUCAAGGUCUAGAUCUUCUUGCUCAUUGAUUUAUUUAUUAAAGAUUUGAGCUUUAUUUGCUUCAAGGGAUCAAAGGAUUUCAAGAUUUGGUCCUGAAAAAUGUAAUGCUGGGGUGGAUUUGCUGGGAACAUGAAAAGAAUAGGUAAAUGGGUUUAUUGCCUUGUCCUUUUCAGCUGCUUUUGCUUGUAUGAGUUUGAUUUUGUGUUCACAAUCACUGAAAAAGAGAUCUUGCUUCAGUUCAAAGGGAACAUUUCGACUGACCCGUUUCGUAGUUUGAGUUCUUGGGAUCCCGGAAAAACCCCUUGCCGAGAUUAUUUCGGUGUGUUCUGCAAUUCUGAUGGAAAUGUGGUAAAAAUUCUGCUGUAUAAUGCCGGCCUUGUGGGAGUGCUGUCGCCUGCUUUGUCUGGGUUGAAAUCCCUGCGCAGUCUGAUGUUGUUUGGGAAUGAAUUUACAGGCAAUGUCCCAAAUGAUUAUGGAAAGAUUGAAUCUUUGAGGAAGAUCAAUCUGAGCUCCAAUGCAUUAUCUGGGUCCAUCCCAGAAUUUCUUGGAGAUCUACCGAAUUUAAGGUUUCUUGAUCUGUCAAGAAAUGACCUCUCCGGGGAGAUUCCAUCUGCACUGUUCAAGAGUUGUGAAAAAACACGGUUCGUUUCACUUUCGCGCAACCGUCUCUCUGGUUCAAUCCCCACAUCAGUUGGGAACUGCCUGAGUUUAGAAGGAUUGGAUUUAUCUUUUAAUCGGAUCAUCGGCAGUUUGCCCCCACAAAUUUGCACCAUUCCUGGAAUGUCAUACUUGUCUCUGCGAAGCAAUGCACUCAGUGGAAAUGUUCAAGAGCAGAUCUCAACCUGUCAAAGAUUAGAGCUUUUGGAUCUGGGCACCAACGAAUUUACCGGUAUUGCCCCUUUUGAGGUCCUUUCCUUCCCAAACCUUGCAUAUUUCAACAUUUCAAGUAACCUGUUUCAGGGACCUGUCCGAAAUCUUGGAGCUUGUAGUCAGAGACUACAAGUGCUGGACAUUUCAAGAAACGGGUUUUCUGGUGAAAUCCCACGAAGCAUUGCGAAAUGCAGUUCGCUGAAGUAUUUGGACUUGGGGUAUAACAGUCUUAAUGGAACUAUACCACUUGAGAUUGCAGAUCUCCAGAACCUCGUGCUCAUUCGUUUGGCAAACAAUUCCAUUUCUGGAACAAUCCCUCCGCGGUUAGGGCACAUAGAGUGGCUUGAAGUUCUUGAUCUGAGUAAUCUCCUCCUCGGCGGUGAAAUCCCUGACCAGAUAAGCAACUUGAGGUUUCUUCUUGAGAUGGAUAUCUCGCGAAACCAGAUACGAGGCGAGAUCCCACAGAAGCUUAACAACAUGUCAAACCUCAAGAUUCUUGACAUCCACCACAACCAGAUUGGUGGGGGGAUUCCCACAACAAUAGGGAACCUGUCCAACUUGCACUGGUUGGAUUUCUCAGAGAACCGGUUAACCGGUUCGAUCCCAACCAGUCUGGGGAGCCUAACAAACCUCACCCAUUUCAAUCUCUCAUCCAAUCUUCUCUCCGGAGAGAUCCCUUCCAACGACACGAUCCGGAAAUUCGGGCCCUCCGCCUUCGCGAACAACCCCCGCCUCUGCGGGUUCCCGCUCGGUUCCUGCCAUAAACGCGGGAAAAAGCCUCGGCUGAGCGCGUCCGCCAUUGUUGCGAUCAUCGCAGCUUCUGUAAUCAUCGCCGGCGUCGUAAUCGUGACCGUCAUCAACGUCAAGGCGGCCAGAAGGAGCAGAAGAGUGGAGGAGACGAUAAUUUCGGAGAGCACUUUACUCGCCUCGUCGGACUCAAAUGCCCUAAUCGGAAAGCUCGUUCUCUACAGCAAAAGCCUGCCCUCCAAGUACGAGGAUUGGGAGGCCGGCACGAGAGCUUUGCUCGACAAGGAUUGCCUGAUCGGCGGCGGAUCAAUCGGGACGGUUUAUAAAGCCACAUUCGAAUCCGGGGUUUCAAUCUCUGUCAAAAAGCUGGAGACUUUGGGGAGGAUCGGAAACCAGGAUGAAUUUGAACAAGAAAUUGGACGGUUAGGGAGCCUUGAUGAACACCCCAACAUUGUGCCCAUUCAAGGCUACUAUUGGUCUUCAAGCCUACAAUUGAUUCUCUCUGAGUUUGUCCAAAACGGGAGUCUUGCCCAGAACCCCGGUUUGGAUUGGCCCAGAAGGUUCCGAGUUGCGCUGGGGACUGCGAAAGCCUUGGCCUUCCUUCACCACGACUGCGACCCGCCGGUCCUUCAUUUGAAUGUGAAGCCGAGCAAUGUGUUGAUUGACGAGAGCUACGAGCCCAGAGUGUCCGAUUAUGGUUUGGGGAAGAUACUUCCGUUUCUGGACAACUCUGGGCUCACCAAAUCCCACAAUGCGGUCGGGUACGUUGCGCCCGAGUUGGCCCAGAGCAUGCGGGUGAGCGAAAAGUGUGACGUGUAUAGCUACGGUGUCAUUUUGUUGGGGUUGGUCACGGGGAGGGGCCCCGUGGAGAGUUCGCCGCCGGGAAAUGAGGUGGUGGUUUUGUGCUCGCAUGUCAGGGGGUUGAUGGGGAGGGGCGCGGGUUCGGAGUGUUUGGAUAGACGGUUGCGCCGUGGUGGUGGGUUCGCGGAUGAAAAUGAGAUGGUUCAAGUGAUGAAGUUGGGCUUGAUUUGCACUUGCGAAACGCCUUCUCAAAGGCCGAGCAUGGCCGAGGUCGUUCAAGUUCUGGAGUCCAUCAGAAACGGUUCUAUUUCAUGACGAAGGAAAAAACGAAAACAACAAACCCAGUAGAAUCCCACGAGAAACGAAGGAAAAUGCCCCAAGAAUUUUUGUUUUCAUUUUGGGAUUUGUUCAAAAUAAGGCCCCUCCCUAAAACCUUGUAACUAGCUGAUCCCACUUUAAUAAGGGAAUUGGGAAAAU